UGCCAUUACACACAGAAGGUCUAAUUACUGGACUUUGUGCUGGUGCAGGCUACACGUGAGUCGGAAGCUGUUCCCUACCGGAGGCGCGCGUGCGCUCUAACCACAGCACCGACGGCUUUGCGAAGUGGCAGCUCAGGGAACUCUAGACAUCAGUGUGAAGCGCAGCUCAACUGGAGGACACGCACCGUGCAUCAUCUCCCCCAGCCGUCCGUCCGUCUGUGGGUCGUGGAAUAACAAACAUUCCCCAAAGAGGCAGAAGAGCGGGAGAAGCAGAGCAGGAGAGAGGUGAUGGAUGAAAGGAUACCGCAUUUACAGGACAGACAGUUCAUGGAGCACGCGGAAUUCUUAGGGGUGGAUUAUCCCUCUCUGUACAUGUGCAAAUCCAAAAGAGGAAUAAAGCGAGAGGAUGGAGGAAAGGACGCGUACAAGUUACCACACCGGUUGAUAGAGAAGAAGAGGAGAGACAGGAUCAACGAAUGUAUCGGCCAGCUGAAGGAUUUGUUACCCGAACAUUUGAAGCUGUCGACGCUCGGGCAUUUGGAGAAAGCAGUGGUCCUGGAGUUAACACUGAAACAUCUGAACGCUCUGACUGCUGUCACCGAGCAGCAGCACCAGAAGAUCAUUGCUCUGCAGAAUGGGGACCGGUCGAUGAAAUCCUCCAUCCAUGCAGACCUGGACGCGUUCCACUCCGGGUUCCAGGCCUGUGCCAAAGAGGUCCUGCAGUAUCUCAGUCAGUUUGAGAACUGGACGACACGAGAGCAGAGGUGCGCGCAGCUCAUCGGCCACCUUCACAAGGUGCUGGCGCAGUUCCAGCCUGGCGCGCCACCACUCCAGCACCAGCUCUCCGCAGGGGACUCACAGAACGGACAGAAAGCAGACAGCCAAGCGAACUGCGUCCCGGUCAUCCAGAGGACCCAGGGCGGGGAGCUUAACGAGAAUGACACGGACACGGACAGUGGAUACGGAGGGGAGGCAGAAAAGAGUGAGGCUAAAGACAAAGAAUGUGAGCGCAAUAAGGCGCAGCAGGGACAUAAAGCAGUGAAGAUCAAGCAGGAGUUUGGAGACGAUCGAGCUGCCAAGAAACCAAAAAUGAACUGGCCUGGGAGUGGGACACGCGGAACGGACCCCAGCAGACCUGACGUGGCGUUUAUGAACUCUUUAAUGGGAAUAAACAGCGUGGGACAGCAGACACCGAUCUGCAUGCCUUUCUACUUCAUCAACCCCUCAGCCGCGGCUUCGUAUAUGCCUUUUUUCGACAAAAGCAACAUUGAGAAGUACAUGUACCCCGCGGCUGCCGCUCUCGCCUCUCCUUUCCCCUGGCUUUACCCCGCACACGCGUCAGCAGCGGCGGCCGCGGCUGCCGCUGCCGCCUUCCCCGGCUUGUCUGCGCACUUUGGAGCCUCCCCUCAGCCUAAGGACUCCCACAGUCCAGACAGCGACGAGUCACGCGAGGCUGAGACAGGCUCACCUGAGGAGCGCGAGGAAAGUCCCGCGAGUGACGGCGGGGAGGGUGACGUAGCUGAAACGUCCCAGGAGAGCAACAACAGUUCACAUGAUCAGCUUUCUGCUUGUUCAACGAGCUAAUUUGUCUGUGUUACCUUUCCGUGCAUUCUGCUGAGGAGUUUAUGUGUUUAUUUUUGAAAAGAUUAGGCAUAAACGAGCUCUCACUGAGGAGUUUCUCAUGUACAAAAUCUUGGCGUAUGGGGACAGUUGUGACGGCGCGUGCCUUUUGCACUUAAGCUAGUUCAAUCAAGCUAAAACGACAAUGAUUGACGUUAACACGCGGUUGUGCUGUGUUGGAGUCAGUUUUUUUAUCCUCUUUGAUAGCCUAAAAGUAUUUUGAAAUGGCAACGUUGUGCCAAAACUUUAAGAACUACAACAGUUUCCAAAUCAGCGAGCCUCUUUGGAUGUAUGACGUUGCAACUGACCUCUGCCAAGGUUAAAUAGAGCCUGGCCAACUGACUGUAAAUAUACAGGCUGAUUCAUGAACAUGUAAAUGUGCACUAACUGGGCUUAUUAAAGAAGUGCAACGCCCACAGUACCUCAUCCCCAUGGGAGGCACUUUACUGCUGUGUUGUCCCUCCUGACAAGAAAUGAAUGGUACCCCUCCUAUAAACAAACACACACACACACACACAUACCUGACACAAAAUCAGACACUUCAACAUAAACGCAUUUAUAACAAAGAAAGAAUGGGAGAGUUGUUUCCUUGAUGCCUGAGUUUACUCUGGUUCCCUUUACUUGUUUGGUCUCGUGAGGAAGGAAAAAUAAUCACUGAAGUCUUUAGAGUGAAAGUAGAAAUCCUGCAUUCAAAGGGGGCUGCUCGACCAGCACUUUGUUUGUCUCCUGAAUGCAGCAUUUCAGCACAGAGGUGAAGUGACCUGUGACUCCUGUACCUCCAGGAAAAAAGCAUUGUAGGAUAGCACCUUAUUGAUCUUUGAUAUUGAAUGUACCUGUAUUUUCCCAGCUGUUAAAGUUUGUAUGUAAGAUCUUUACUCUUUGAGACGUAAAGUGCACUUUUCUGCUUUUUCUCUCUCCCAAUGUCACCUUGUCAUUUUUUAAAAGUCAAUCACUGUAGUUCUAUUUGAACCCUUUUACUGUGCUGAGUUGUCUCCAAAUAAAAAACUUCCUUUGAACAGAGGGAGCAGAGACACCACAGUUUGUAUGAGUAGAGUGGUAGGCUAAUUGUGUAAAUGCCCAUACUGACAAAACACUGGUUAUUUCUAACUCUUUUAAGGUAAAAUUAUUCAAACAAUAAUCAGGUUUGGCAACUUGUCAGACUAUCCUUCAUUCUGUUCUGUAAAACCUUACUUUACACUUUGACAAAGGUGGUCAGCUGGCCAUCAGUCUGGUCGUUUUCGGCCCUUAACUUUGUCUAGGCCUGUUUUCCAAGAGAUUAAUUCCUGCAAGUGUCGUGUUGUUCAGCUUUCACAUGUGACUGACUAAACAGAUGAUUUUCAUUGUAUUUUGCAUACAUGACAUUGCUUUUGUAGAUUUAUUCUGCUGGUUUUUGCCUCAAAUCUGUUUUCAGCUGUUCUAUGAAGUGGCAUGUGCGUCUGUAAAUAGGUUUUUGUGAAUAUACCAUAAAGUAUACAUGUCUUUGUCAAUGUUGUAGAAGUUUAUGGAUUUUUUUAAAGAUCAAACUGAGCAACUGUUGCACACUUCGUUAAUGCUUUACACAUAUGCUGUUCUAAAUUAUUGCUGAUGAGUUGUAAA